AUACUGGCAGAGUUAACUGGUAAGAAGUCAGGCUGUGCUAAAGGAAAAGGUGGUUCGAUGCAUAUGUAUGCUCCAAAUUUUUAUGGCGGGAACGGUAUUGUGGGAGCUCAGGUGCCAUUGGGGGCUGGGAUUGCAUUCGAAUUGAAAUAUAACAAUAAGGACAAUAUUUGCAUUACCUUGUAUGGAGAUGGUGCAGCCAACCAAGGACAAGUGUUUGAAGCAUAUAACAUGGCUGCCUUGUGGAAACUCCCAGUCAUUUUUGCCUGUGAAAACAACCGCUAUGGGAUGGGAACUGCCGUCCAUCGCUCAUCAGCGUCCACUGAGUAUUACACCAGAGGGGACUACAUUCCUGGAGUUUAUGUUGAUGGUAUGGACGUGCUUGCAGUGAGAGAGGCUACUAGAUGGGCCAAGGAGUACAUACUGGCUGGAAAUGGACCUCUGGUAAUGGAACUGGAUACAUAUCGUUACUAUGGACACAGUAUGAGUGAUCCUGGGAAGAGGUACAUUAAAUAGCAGUACAAUAAUAGUUAUA